AAUAUUAAAAUCUACCGCGGCCCAUCGUCAUAGACGACCUUUCUUGUGAAGGUAAAAUUUAAACGGAGGUGUUGCCGUGGCACAAAUGUAUAAGCUUCCUGCGAAAUCCAAUUAGUUAAGAACAAAGGAAAAAAAAACGAAAACCAGAGCAGACCAUUGACAUUAAUAGUUUAAGGGCGAAUUUUUCUAAUUGGUACGCGAAGAGGUUGAAAAUCAAGAAACCCAAUUUCUUAAUUGCUCUGUAUCUGGAGAAACCAAAGCUUAAAUCCUUCCCUGCUUGUGGGGGAUAUAAAGGUUUUGUUUUGAACAGGUCCAGGUGUUUCUAUUUUUGUUGGUAGUCUUGUGUGUUUGCGUGCACUCUUUCUUUUUUCCGGGGGAGCGGCUUCUGGAUAGUAGAGGGUGGAAUGUCUGAGGAGAAGUCAAGGAGGAGGAUAUACACAGAAUAUACAUCUGGGGUUUUUGCAGGCCUUGGUAUACAACAUUGCUGCAAAAAUUCGCAGAUUUGACAUUCUGGGUGCUGAAAGAUCCGGCCAGGCUAAGGAGCCAAAAUAACUGUACAAUGGUUGGAUUUAUUAAGAAAAUUUUGGGUCAUCUGGGGUUCAUUAAGGAAGAUAACAACGAAAACCAGCAGCACCAGCAGCAACAGCAGCCUCAUCAUCAUCAACAUCAUCAUCAUUAUCAGGGACCCUCUGUUAACAACACUGUUGAUUCCAGGCAGGGUUUCAAAAUGAAGGUGGCAGUGCCCACUGAAACAGCGCCACAGGGCCCUGUUGUUUACCAGUGCUGGGGUAAUGAUGGUGGAGUACAGGGCUUUGGGUGGUACACACAAAAGCUUCAAGCAGAUGAGGAUGGUGACAUAGCAGAGGAAUUUCUUAAUGAGGUUUUACCAGAUGUAAGGGGUCGGGAUGAUUUGAGAGUGCGUCCAAGACUUGAAGUUAAACACAGUACAAAGCCUGUUACUCUAAAGGGCCCUGUCAUCAGUAUGAAUGGGAACGUCCAUCCGUGUGUGGAACAUGCUGGGAAGCUUCAGUUGGCAUAACGUUUGCACAAGGACAGCUUACAGAAGAAGCUAAUGGCAAAUAUUGCUUUCACUGAUUGUCUGAGAAAAAUACUUUGAAAAUUUCAUGUUUUGCGAUUGUAGUUGAUUUAUGCAACUUGAAUAGUAGCGAAAUGUUUUUCAAUUUGGAGGAGCUUUAGUGGUGCAGGGAGGGCCAUUCCCAAAGUGCAAGUGCAUGAUAGGUUGAUGGCAACCUGUAUAACUUAUUAAUCCAUGAUGACAAAUUCCAUUUUUUAAAAUAUGAGUAUAUGGCAGAUAUUCUUUCGGAUUGAUCAGUACCUUGUCUAUUUUUGGCUAAUUGCCUUCUGGAGGGUAAUGACCACCUUUACUAAAUAGAAAAUUGAAGGAUUAUUGUUAACAAUGAAUGUGACAGUAUCUUUGUGCGUUCUGCAUAUAUAUUUUGUUCCUUUCUAUAGACACUUAUUCAAAAUA